AAAUUCACAUAUAAUCCUGAAAAUGUUUUGUUCCUUUGGCCUGUUUUGGUACUUUAUGUUAAAGAACUCUUUUCUUCUUUGGGAGUUGAAUAUAAUAUCUUGGAACUUGACCAAGUUGAUGAUGGGGCCAAUGUUCAAGAAGUGCUGUCAGAGAUCACUAAUCAGAAAACGGUGCCCAAUAUUUUUGUGAAUAAAGUACAUAUGGGUGGAUGUGACCGAACUUUCCAGGCACAUCAGAGUGGUUUAUUACAGAAGCUUCUUCAAAAAGAGUCAACAUAUGAUUAUGACCUCAUUGUCAUUGGCGGUGGUUCUGGUGGCCUUGCAUGUGCUCAGGAAGCUGCCAUUUUGGGAAAGAAAGUAAUGGUGCUAGAUUUUGUGGUCCCGUCACCUCAGGGUACAUCCUGGGGUCUUGGUGGUACUUGUGUAAAUGUAGGUUGUAUUCCUAAGAAACUGAUGCAUCAAGCUGCCCUUUUGGGGCAGGCAUUAAAAGACUCAAGGAAAUUUGGCUGGGAGUAUAAUCAACAAGUAAAGCACAAUUGGGAGAUCAUGACAGAAGCUAUUCAAAACCACAUUGGCUCUCUAAAUUGGAGCUAUGGGCUGUCUUUGAGGGAGAAGUCUGUGGCCUAUGUAAAUUCCUAUGGAGAAUUUGUUGAACGCCAUAAAAUAAAGGCAACCAAUAGAAAAGGACAAGAGACUUAUUAUACUGCUGCAAAAUUUGUCAUAGCAACAGGUGCAAGGCCACGGUAUUUGGGAAUCCAAGGAGAUAAAGAAUACUGUAUUACUAGUGAUGACCUUUUUUCUCUGCCUUAUUGCCCUGGCAAAACAUUAGUAGUUGGUGCAUCUUAUGUGGCUCUGGAAUGUGCAGGAUUUCUGGCUGGUAUUGGCUUAGAUGUCACAGUUAUGGUGCGUUCAAUCCUUCUUCGUGGCUUUGAUCAAGAAAUGGCAGAGAAAGUGGGUUCCUACAUGGAGCAACAUGGUGUUAAGUUCUUAAGAAAAUUUAUACCUGUGAUGGUUCAACAGUUGGAGAAAGGUUCACCUGGGAAGCUGAUAGUAGUGGCUAAAUCCACUGAAGGACCAGAAACUAUUGAAGGAGUAUAUAACACGGUUUUAUUAGCAGUUGGCCGUGAGCCCUCUACAAGGAAAAUAGGCUUGGAGAAGAUUGGUGUCAAAAUCAGUGAGAAGAGUGGCAAAAUACUAGUCAACGACAUAGAACAGACCAACGUGCCCCAUGUUUAUGCUGUCGGAGAUGUCCUGGAAGGUAAACUUGAGCUCACUCCCGUCGCUAUACAGGCAGGCAAGCUGUUGGCUCGAAGACUUUUUGGGGGUCAUUCAGAAAAGUGCAAUUAUAUUAAUGUUCCAACUACGGUGUUUACUCCUCUGGAAUACGGCUGCUGUGGAUUAUCUGAAGAGAAAGCUAUUGAAAUACAUAAAAAAGAGAAUCUAGAAGUAUAUCAUACUUUGUUCUGGCCCCUUGAAUGGACAGUAGCCGGCAGAGACAACAAUACUUGUUAUGCAAAGAUAAUUUGCAAUAAAGUCGAUAAUAAUCGGGUGAUAGGAUUUCAUAUUCUUGGACCAAAUGCCGGUGAGGUUACCCAAGGAUUUGCAGCUGCAAUGAAAUGUGGGCUCACGAAACAGCUACUUGAUGGCACUAUUGGAAUUCACCCCACAUGUGGUGAGGUAUUCACCACUUUGGAGAUAACAAAGUCAUCGGGACUGGACAUCACCCAGAAAGGCUGCUGAGGCUAGGCCUGCUGCUAUCUAGUCUCCCCGUCUAUUCUCAUUCCUUUCAAAGAUAAGAACGCUCUCAGACCCAGCGAAUCUGUGACCGGGGCACCUGCUCUGUUACAGGGCCCAGUGCAGGGCUUUCUUCACAGCACGUAGAUGAGAAUAUAGACAAGGAGACAGGCAGCAGCAGGCAUCUGCUCAGUGGUCUCAGCUGACGGGAGAGGCAGUUGCACUGCUUCCUUGACGUCUUAGCUCGGAACUCAUGUGAAGUGAGCUAAGACCAAUACUCUUCCAAGUCAGAACUGAGCUUUCUUCUCAAAGACCUUUUAAUGACAUAACUAAUCUAAGUCAACCUUUCUGGUUGAAAGUUUUUAUCUUUUUGCUUUGUUGUUUCUAAGAAAAUAUUUUUUCAGUUAUGAAACUAUAAAAUGGUGAUCUUCCAUCGUGUGGGCGUGGAAUUCUCACGGGGUCACUGGUGAGUGGUGUCUGCGGAAGUGCCCUCAGGUAGCUGGCUGCUUCCCCCUCCCUGGUUCCCUGAUGGUAACCACCUGGGAGCCAUUCUUCCCUUAGUGUCUCUAGACCGAGCAGAGUAUCUCAUGACAGAGAGAGAGGCUUGUGAUUCUUUUUCAUGUUGAUCUUAAGAGAAAUAUUAAAAAGUUUCACUGUAUUAUUUGAACUUUAUUUAAAGCUUUAAAAUGAUUCCAUCUACAAUCUGUUUAAUUAUAGUCAAGUUCAGUAAAUGACCAGGUGAUAUGAGACGAUUCCAUUUGAAUGUAUAGACCUGUCAGCAUCUGGAAGGCCCUUGCAGUGGAAGGGCCUAUCCAAAGUCCUUGAAAAAUCUUGUUUUCUUGAGGAACAUAGCACACAGCGGCCCAACUCAAGGCUCUUUUAGGUAGCACUUGCCUUAAGAUUGGAUAAUUCUAUGGUCGGAAUUUCUAAGAACAUGUUUUAAGAGAAAAAAUUGAAGCCAAUAAACAAUUAGGGAACUCAUUCUGUAGACAGGACAUUUUGCUACCCUCCCCAGAGGCAGAGAGUGGAGUGGGAAUAAGGACCCAAGAUAACUGACAUAGGAUCCCAUGACUGAGUUGCUUUUUCACUGGGUAGAGUAGAAUGUAACUGUCAAAAAAGUGAGGCAGGGUGUAGUAAUUGCCAGAACUGAGGUAGAAACAGCGUAGUGGGAAACAGGAAGAUGUUAUGAAUUUUCACUGGAUGUGAGGCAGGGGUGGGAUCACUGAACAGAGUUUACUGGAAGCAGCGAUAUUAGAACUGAAUCGUGAGGGAUGAAUAGAAUUUCAAAUACAUGGAGAAGGCUCUGAAUGACACUUUCAAUAAAUUCAACUAAAAUACUAGAUAAAAUCAUUUUUUAAAUGUUGUUCAUGUAUUUUAGAGCCACAUGCACAUACACAGCCACGGGUUUCCAGAACCCCAACUGAAAUGAAACCAGGAAGCAUAGAAGUCUUGAGUUCUGCUUUGCACUGGGCGUAGGAUAGUAAACUUAAAGCCCAGGCUUGCCCCAGGUGGACUUUCUAAUAAGACCUCUGUGUAAAGCUGGGCUCCCAAUGGGCUAUAACCCCAGUGGGAGGGUGAUUGAAAUGCACUUUUCCUCACAGAAGGAAGCAGCAAAGAAAUUUGCCUGUCUUCUCACUGGCAUGGGUGGGAGAAAAUAUUCCACCCCAAGAGUCUCUAACCACUGUGCAGGUUACAGACCAUUGGAAAGGCUAGUUAUCUUCCCUUAGUAAGGAGGAGAGAAGGCUUGGAUAUAAACCUCUGUAACUGGCUCCCAUUCCCUUCUUCCAUGCUACCUGUCUCCCCCCUCCCCCCCCCUUACUUUAUCUCUUCUCAUCCUUAUCUUUCCUCCUCUCCUGGAGUAAAGGUGGGCUCUAUAUAAUGGAGAGAGAUCCGUUUUUCCUGGAAGAUACACCUUGUAUGCACCUAAUAACAGAUGCUUACAGAUCUAUCUACAAGGAAAUGAACAUCCUCCAUUAUAGUAGAGAUUUUAACAUACCUCACUAAUUUAUUAGAUCAAACAAAAAAUACCAGCAAAGAUAAUUUUGAAUAGCACAAUUUACAAACUCGGUUUAAUGAACUUAUGAAGAAGACUGUCUAACAUGAAUACUUAUUCAUUUCAAGUGCACAUGGAAUAUUUAUGAAAUUUGCCAUGUACUAGUAGCUCAAAAAAUUUCAAAAGACUGGUAUCAUAUAGAGAUUUUAGCCAUGAGACUAACACUGAGAACCCAGAGACCUUAACAUCCAUACAGUAUUAUGGAAAGUGGAGUAUGGAGGUAUUGUGAGGUGAGUGAGAGGUUAAUGGGAGAUCAAGCUAGAAAGAGCCAGGGUAGAGCCAGGAACCAGUCACAAGAAGCAGGGAAUUAUGGGAAGAUCCUAAACUUUGAAGAAUAGUAGACUUGCGAAUGCCUAGCCCCACUACUUACUAGAUGCGUGAAAAAAUAAAUUAACUUUUCCUAUUCUUGA